CAUGCGCCUAACGUAUCAACUGUCACCUCUACUGAAAGGAGAGAUUUCAUUGAAUCGCCAUCGAUAUUUUAAUGGAAAUUUCCUCGUAGAAAAUAACCUUAAAGAAAUGGCAAGCGUUGAAUCGAACACUGAAGCCGUCAUUAAUGGCGAUGAAAAUGAGGAUGCUGACGUUGGAGAAGAAGUGACUGACGAUGGAAAAGGUGCCGUUGCAAAAAAAUCGAAAAAGAAGAAGAAACCCAAGAAGCCAAAAUCAGAUGCCAGUGCUACCGUUGAAAAUACAGAAAAAGUAGAAUCUGCCGAAACUGUGAACAACGAUGGCGACGGCGAUGAUAGCGAAACUGAAAAUACUCCAGUGGGAAACGGAGAAGCCACAGGUGACGCCGAUAAGAAAAAGAAGAAAAAACGCAACAAAAACAAGAACAAAGCGAAAGCAGCAGCCGCUUCGACAGCUGGUCCAGCAACAGCUGCUACAGCAGCACCGGCUGCCAAUGCCAAACCAACAAUUCCCAUUUCGGAACAAUUUCCAAAUAAAAAUUUCCCAGUGGGCGAAAUUAUGAUGCAUCCGUGCACCGACGAUCGAAUGGCUAAGGAUCGAUUCACCAGCGAAGAGAAACGAACGUUGGACCGUCUACACGAGGACAUUUAUGCGGAAUUGCGUCAGGCGGCUGAAGCACAUCGUCAGACACGACAGUAUAUUCAAAACUGGGUGAAGCCCGGCAUGACAAUGAUCGAAAUUUGUGAAGAGUUGGAGAGCACGGCACGUCGUUUGAUUGGAGAGAAGGGAUUGGAAGCUGGUCUGGCUUUCCCUACUGGAUGCUCACGGAACCAUUGUGCCGCACAUUAUACACCAAAUGCUGGCGAUCCGACGGUUUUGGAGUAUGACGAUGUUUGUAAGAUCGAUUUCGGCACUCACAUAAACGGCAGAAUCAUCGACUGCGCAUUUACGCUGACAUUUAACCCAAAGUAUGACAAACUAAAGGAAGCGGUUCGCGAUGCCACCAACACCGGUAUCCGUGAGGCUGGCAUCGACGUACGACUAUGCGAUAUUGGUGCUGCCAUUCAGGAAGUCAUGGAAUCGUACGAAAUCGAAUUGGAUGGGAAAACGUAUCAAGUGAAGAGCAUCAGGAAUUUGAACGGCCAUUCAAUCAGUCCAUAUCGUAUCCAUGCUGGUAAAACGGUGCCAAUUGUCAAAGGCGGUGAAUCGACCCGUAUGGAAGAGAAUGAAUUCUAUGCCAUCGAAACAUUCGGUUCGACCGGACGCGGUGUGGUGCAUGACGAUAUGGACGUAUCGCAUUACAUGAAGAAUUUCGAUCUGCAAUAUGUGCCAAUCAAACUGCAAUCGUCCAAAUCGCUGCUGAACACCAUCAACAAGAACUUUGGCACGCUGGCCUUCUGCAAACGGUGGCUGGAUCGUGCCGGUGCGACACGCUAUCAAAUGGCACUGAAGGAUCUGUGUGACAAGGGAGCGGUCGAGGCAUAUCCGCCGUUGUGCGAUGUCAAGGGUUCAUAUACGGCACAGUACGAGCACACGAUUAUGUUGCGUCCGACGUGCAAGGAAGUUGUGUCGCGAGGCACAGAUUAUUGAAGAAGAGUACUUUCUAUCACGUAACCACACUAUUACUACACUUCGGGGUGCUGAACGCUUUUGUUUUUUGUCGAGACGAAAAAUUUAAUUAUUUUAUUAUCCGAUCAUGUCCCUGCCAUGGUUUGUAUCAUACAGAUUCUAACAAUUUUUUCCAAAUAAAAUACUUGUACCGUGACGCAUUGA